AUGCAAAUGUCAAAGUCUGGUUGAGAAAGAAGAAGCAACAAAUCUCUCGUGCAUUAUUCAAGUUAACUUUUUUAAUUCGUCACAUUAGUGAGACACGCAAAUUUAUAUUUUGGUCAAAUAAAGGCAAAGGAUUAAACAACGGAUUAAUUAAACACCCAAAUAAUCGAUUUGUAAAUAAUCUGUCAAAAAAAAAAAAAACAUGGAAGACGAUUGGGAAAGUGCUGCACACAGACCUGUAGUUGUGAUACCCGAUAAAAUAAAUAAGUGGGCUGGUGAAGAUGAAGAGGAUGACAUUAAGGACAGCUGGGAAGAUGAAGAGGAGAAAAAAGAUGAGGAGAAGGUUGAAGAACAACCAAAAGCACCUGUAAAAACAAAGCCUAGCAAAGCAUUAAAAGCUAAAUUGGCUGAACAGGAGAGACUGGCAGAAGAAGAGGAGGCCAAACGUAUUGCCAAUAUGACACCAGAAGAGAAAUUGGCUGAAAAAUUACGCCUUCAAAAAAUUCAGGAAGAAUCCGAUUUAAAGAGUGCCCUUGAAACAUUUGGUGUACAAGAUGUUGGUGGUGGCUUAGAUGCAUUCAAUCCCAAAACUGAAGCUGAAUUUAAAGAAUUUGGAGCGACGCUUAGUUGGAAAUUGUCACAAUACAAAGAAUCGCCACAUUUCCCGCAAUUUGUUGAAGAUUUAGUACGCAGCAUAUGUGUUAAUUUGCCUCUUACCGAAUUGAAAAAACUUAAAAUGAGCGUUGAAACAUUGCACAGUGAAAAGGUGAAAUUAGAAAAACAAAAUGCCAAGAAACCCGCUUCCAAAACUAAGGGCAAGAUCACACUGAAAAAUGAUAGCAAUGAUAUUGAUACUUUCAAAAAAUACGGCAACGAUUACUCCACUUACGAUGAUUACGAUGAUUUCAUGUAAAUCAUGGCUCCUAUCAUCUUUACUAUUUAAUUCUGCCUCCAUGAUUACUCCGACUCCAUUACCGUGAAUAUUGUUGAGCUCCAAGAAGAAAAUAAUUCUCACCUGCGGAAAUGUUAAUUUGUUAUCAGGUGUUCAUAUAAAUUUUAUAAAAAUGAAUAUUUUAGCACACAGGAAUUUAACUUGACGUUAAAAGCCAUUAACAACAAACACAAUAUUUUUGUUUUGUUAUAUAAUUUUUUAUUUUUUGAAAAACAAUAGAUAAACAAAAACCAAUAAUAAAAUAAUAAUAUUCUUUUUUUUGAUAUUCACUUAAAAAGUAACAAGACAAAUUGUAAAUUAAAAAAUGGAAAUACAAGCAUAUGUAUGUACAGAAUAUAUAAAGAUAUACAUGCAUAUGUGUUAAGCGUACAUAGAACAUCAUUUACUUUUUUCGUGUUAAUUAUUUAUGUAACGGUCGAAAUGUACGAGUAUUUUUACUUUUAUGUGAAUUAUAAUUUUUUUUUGUAAAAAAAUAUAUUUAUAAUAGUAAAACUACAAAUAUGCAAAUGAA